GUUUGCAGAGGGCUGGCCGUGCUGCUCGUGCAGCUGUGUUCAACUCUAGAGCAGUGGUGAGGAGAAAGCAGCCCGAGUGCUUCACUGGGGGAGUCACAAGCAUCUUCUCGAAGUGUUAUUUUCACCGGUGAGUGACAGGCUUGUGUUAUAAGCUUUUCAGAUAACAGUCUUUUAAUUGAUGGUUAAAUAAUGCCUUUUCUGUACAGAACCUGCUCUGGCCAGGGUUAGGUGACACCACCCGAGCAGACCUGUCCCCAGCAGAGGGGCAGCACCUCAGAUGUGCACUCAUGGAGGGGCAGGUCUUUCUGUGCUGUGUCAGAUUUGUGGCUCUUGGUCUCCUGAUACUGAUUUUAGAUUUCCUACGGUAUUUUUGGGAGACAAAGCAUGCUGCCGUCUCAUCAGUGCUUGGGUCCAGCGUACGGCUGCCUGUUCCUUUGGAUACCGGACCCGCUGGGCUGAGCCAUCCCUUCCCAUCCUCCGUCCCCUGUAAUCACCUCUUUGUAGCUCCCUCUGUGUUUCUGCAAACCCUAGAGAGCACAGUUUCACAUUAAACUCUUUAUUCCCUAGUCCAAGAGGAAAUCUCUGCCAAGGGAAAGCUCAAGUAUUUCUCUCUCUCUCUCUCAGGGAAAAAAUGUCUUUGGAAAAAUACUGUAAGUACAGUGAGGCGGCUUGUUAUUCACAAUUCAUCUGUUCUAUAAAUUAUUCUAUACCUAUACCCUAUUCUAUACCAGUUAGUAAGUGGGAAAUAGGCUGAAACUUGCCUGUUAGACCUUUAAAGCUGAGCAUAAAUUUGAACUGUGUCCUGGAAGAGAGCAGAGCUGCCCCACACGCUGCUGGCUUAUAAAUAGCACGGAAUGUACAUGAGCUGGGCUGCUGGUAGAGAAAAAGGAUGCUGACGACUGGAGAGGUUGAUUUGCCUUUCUCGCCGAUGUGCUCAUCUUGGAGUAGCGCUCGGGGGAGGACGGCUGUGUGGAAAAGCCGCGCGUCAGAGCAGAAAUAAUGUCAUGCAGCCCAAUGGCUGCAGAAGAUCCCGGUUCGGAGCUCACCUGGGGGUUAUAAAGGCGGCUGAAGGAGCAAAAGUAGCAGCGAGGGGAGCCGGAGAGCAGCACGCUGCGAGAGGCAGGAGCAUCCGCUCGUUCCUGCUGCCGGUACCCGGGCUGAGGGAGGGCAGGACGAGGGGAGGACGGCUCUCCCGGCACACGGAGCGAGCUCCGCUCUCUCGCUAAUGAGCUAUUUCCAAAUUGGAGGAGCGGAGCGGCAUGUCAGAGAUGUUGCCCUGUUUUGUCUGGCUCUCCCUCCCCGACUUGCUUAACGCUUUCGCGACCCCAGGAAAGUUGCCCCUCAAUGGGAGCCUGGAGGAGCCUUUUGUAAUCCCGAACAUCUCGGGUUUCUUUUCCUGGGAUAACGACAGCCUGGCCGACUGGCAGAGCUUUGUGGGCAGGAGCCGGUACGGAGCGGAGUCGCAGAGCAUCACGGUGAAAGCCCUGCUCGUCACGGCGUACUCCUUCAUCAUCAUCUUCUCCCUCUUCGGCAACGUCCUGGUCUGUCACGUUGUCAUCAAGACCAAGCGCAUGCACUCCGCCACCAGCUUGUUCAUUGUCAACCUGGCUGUAGCCGAUAUCAUGAUCACCCUCCUCAACACGCCUUUUACACUGGCUCGUUUUGUGAACAGUACCUGGAUAUUCGGGAAGGGGAUGUGCCAUGUCAGCCGGUUUGUGCAGUACUGCUCCCUCCACGUCUCCGCCUUGACCCUCACAGCCAUUGCCGUGGACAGGCACCAGGUUAUAAUGCACCCUCUGAAACCUCGCACGUCUGCUGCAAAAGGUGUUAUAUACAUCUCUGUAAUCUGGAUCAUGGCAACUUGUUUUUCCCUGCCACAUGCCAUCUACCAAAAACUCUUCACUUUUGAAUACAGCGAGGAAGUGACCCGAUGCCUGUGUCUGCCAGAUUUCCCCGAGCCCGCUGACCUCUUUUGGAAGUACCUCGACUUAGCAACCUUCAUUUUGCUCUAUGUCCUGCCCCUUCUGAUCAUCUCUGCUGCCUACGUGACGGUGGCCAAGAAACUCUGGCUGCGCAAUGUCAUCGGGGACGUCACCACUGAGCAGUACUUUGCCCUUCGUAAAAAGAAUAAGAAGACCAUAAAGAUGCUGAUGCUUGUUGUCAUCCUCUUCGCGGUCUGCUGGUUUCCCUUGAAUUGCUAUGUCGUCCUCCUCUCCAGCCAGACCAUCCACACCAACAAUGCCCUGUACUUUGCCUUUCACUGGUUCGCAAUGAGCAGCACCUGCUACAACCCCUUCAUCUACUGCUGGCUCAACGACAGCUUCCGAUCAGAACUCAAGGCUUUGCUCAACAUCUGCAGAAAACCUCCUAGACCCACCGAACAGAGGCUUCCCUCCACGGUCCCAUCCUACCGACUGGCGUGGCCAGAAAACGGCAGCUUCAAGAGGUUGCAGGUCUCCCAUGUCCUCCCAUCGGCCUCCAACAUCCAGUUGGGAAAGACAGACAUCUCUGCAGUGGAGCCGAUAGUAGCUGUGAGCUAAACGGUGGCCCUGGGAAACCUGUAAGGAUCGCACAUAGAUUUGGCUAGAGCUAAAAUGGUGGGAAGGUGUGGAGCCCUGGCGUGCUUGGGGACUGUGCAACCACACGCGAUAAAGCCAAGAAGGAGGUUCUGCAGGAGGUAGCGUGAAAGAGCUGGGUGUUUGAUGCAGGCUGACAAUAACGGCGUGGAGCCCUUAAAGGAGAGAAAACAAACUCUUCUCAGGAAGGAACUCUCUUUGUCAAGUUGACUUUGGAUCAGCUUGCAGGAUGACAUUCUCUGCAUGUAUGUCGCUGUUAUCUGCAUGACUAGGCCUUCUUACCACUGGGGCUGCGUGUCUGUUUUGCUGGUAUUUACACACAAAAGCAACAAUCUAAUGACAUAAAGCUUCCUUUCCCUUUUCUAAGUCUCUUAGUAGCAGCAUGGAAAUGGUCGAGAUGUAGACCUUUAGGUUGCUGGCUGGGUAGGAAGGCGUCCCUUCUGAACUGGGGCCUGACGGAUCAAGAUCUGCUCAGAACGAGCAAUCAGAUACAUUUCACAAAUCCAUGUUUUGGUGGAAAUACCCUCAGAGAGGUGGAGAGUAAGGUGGACACUGGAAAAAGAGCAGUCUCUUACAUUACAGUCAUUUUCUUUAAGGUAGGAUUAAAGAAGGAUGGAUGUUUAUUCUUUGCAUAAAUAGAUGGCGAGCACCAACCUGUUAGCUCACCGAAUUUUUCUUUCCUAAGACGAAGUCAUGAAUCUUCAGAAAGCUUUUCUUCAAAUAGAAAACUAAACGCCAAAAGGUUACUUUUGAGAAUGUUGGACUUACCAUCCACAGCUGGAGAAGAGGUAAUUAAACACUACUCUGAGUUUCUGCUAGGACCUUUUGAUCAGAGCAUCUCUGCAAUGUUGUCAAGUGGCAACUAAAGGAUCCCAGAGAUUGACGUUUUAUUUUGUCUUUGAAUGUUGCUCCCUUAUGCUGUAAAGCACCUGGGUACUUCUCAGAUCAGACAUCUGGGACAUUUCAUCCCAACUAAGACACUAGCUCUCUGGAAUCAGUUCAUAAAUGGAGUGCUUCGAGAGAACAGAUGAUAUCCGUGAUAGCAAGUAAUAAAAGUGGAACAUUUCUCUGCAAGGUAUCCUCUGGCGAUUGCACAAUUUUGGUGCAUUUAAAGACAAGUGAGAUGUGUCCUUCUUGGAGUGGCUAAGAAAAUUGAUUUGACUGCAGCUGUCUGGAGUAGUUUGCAGAACUUGAUGUUCUUAGCAGAAGAAAAUCUGAUUUGGAAUAAUGGAAAAAAAAUGAGCAUUCCAAAAACUGUACCUCGUGUUGCACAGGAAAGCAAUAACUGUCUCUGUGCUGAGGAAAUCAGCUUGAAUGUCACACCAAGGUGCCCCAUUCCACAUCCAGCUUGCAGCAGACAUCAGUGAAGUGAGAAAAAUCUUUUUAUAAAUGACUAUAACCGGGGGAAAAAAAAAAAAAAAAAGAAGAUAAACUGUUUUUCCCAAUGUCCUGUAAUAAAAUUACACUUCUGAAAUAAUUUUCAGUCGUGUGCGGGUCUUUCACACGUGAGUAUUUAAAAGAGACUGAGAUGCCUACCACUCCUUGCAGCUCACCUGUCCUUUCACAAGGUGUUACGUCUCUCACUUUGAAUCCAGUGGUAUUUUACUACCCUGUAUCACGGCCCCACGGGUCAGGGUACUUUGUGUCACUGGUACGCAGGAUCAAACCUUUCCUCCUGCCUGCUGUGACCCCUUAAGCCAAGUCCCAUUUCCUCCCUUAGCAUUUGCAACACGUCAGCCCUGAAGUGGUCAGGCAGUUGGACUAGAUGAUCGUUGUAUGUCCCUUCCAACUGAAAUCUAUUCCAUUCCAUUCCAUCCUGUCCUAUUCUAUUCUACUGGAGAUUGGUUCCCUCGGUCAAAAGAAAAACCAUUUACGUGCAGAUUCUAGCAGCGAGUGUUCACUCACUGGUGGCAGA